AGCAGGCUUUAGGAAGCUUUGCGGGGCGCAAAUAGAGGUGCUUUUCUUUCGCGAAUUUUUUUAAAAUUUGAAGCCCGAGCGGACAAUAAAAAACGCACACAGGCCAAAUUCCGGAGGACUGAGAUUGUGACGAACAACCAGGAAGCGGCUAGGCUGGGAGCUGUCCCCGGUUCUCCACUCCGCUCUCGAGGCCCCUUCCCGGGGUCCUUACGCCGUGUUCCUCUGUCCUGCGUGGUCCUUGCCACGACCUGGGCUCCGGCCCGGGCCGAUCACUCCGGAGCCACCAUGUCAUCCGACUUCGAAGGCUACGAGCAGGACUUCGCGGUGCUCACGGCAGAGAUCACCAGCAAGAUUGCGAGGGUCCCCCGACUCCCUCCUGAUGAGAAGAAGCAGAUGGUUGCAAAUGUGGAGAAACAAUUCGAAGAAGCAAAAGAACUGCUUGAACAGAUGGAUCUGGAAGUCCGAGAGAUACCACCCCAAAGUCGAGGAAUGUACAGCAACAGGAUGCGAAGCUACAAGCAAGAAAUGGGGAAACUUGAAACAGAUUUUAAAAGGUCACGGAUCGCCUACAGUGACGAAGUACGGAAUGAGCUCCUAGGGGAUGAUGGGAAUUCCUCAGAGAACCAGAGGGCACAUCUGCUCGAUAACACAGAGAGGCUGGAAAGGUCAUCUCGGAGACUAGAGGCUGGAUACCAAAUAGCAGUGGAAACCGAGCAAAUUGGCCAGGAGAUGUUGGAAAACCUCAGUCAUGACAGAGAAAAAAUACAGCGUGCACGUGAACGACUUCGGGAAACAGAUGCUAACUUGGGGAAAAGCUCCAGGGUUCUGACGGGGAUGUUGCGAAGGUAAGAGCAAGAAUCAUCCAGAACCGCAUCCUGGUCGUCAUCUUGGCCAUCAUCCUGGUCGUCACCAUCCUGAUGGCGAUCACUUUUUCUGUCAGAAGACACUGAUGGAUCUGCUCUUCCCUGAUAAACAGCAACAACGGCGCGUUCUGAGUAAUUAAGACAAAAUGGUCACAUGAAUCAUUCUUUUGCGCUGACAGGCCCUGAAUGACCCUCCCUCCUUUCACCCCUGUUCAGCUCAAGUGCAAAGGGUGUAAAAAUAUUUUCUAUUCCUGUUUGCAUGUGGGUCGGUUUCCUUUUCUAGGCCUGUCUUCACCCAGAUUUGUUUUUUGUAGGGGAAGGUGAAUGUUUAUUUGCCUUUUGGUGAUUUCAUCUCCUAACCAAAAUAGCCUUGGUGACAUUCUUCCUUGCCCUGUGGACAUGUCAGGGGUCACGGUUUGGGAUAGGGUAUGAUGAGUCAGCCGUGGGGCAUCUGAUGGGCUGUGCUGUUUGUCACACGUCUCUUGUCACCAAAUUGCCCUUCUGUGAUGUCCAAGGAUAAAAAUGCAGAGAAAAACAGGGGCCAGAGCCAGUGACUGGCUCCAGCAAACCAGCUCUGUUCUACCCAGGCAUACUGAAGAUAGUCUGCCUACCUGAGUGCUUUCACUGAAAAGGUGGAUAUUUAAUGUCAGUUGUGCAGGAAAUUGACUUAGCACUUUCUCUGUUUUUCUAUGCAUAUAUAUAUAUAUAUAUGCAUAUAUAUAUAUAUUUUUUUUUUUUACAGCCAAGAAUAUUUUUGCUGAGCCUGCCCAAGAUCCACUUUCACAACUUUGAUUACUGGCUACAUGAAAUAUUUCCUUACCUUCCCCAAAUCCCAUAGUCUCCAGAAUUUGCUGGCAAAGUGAGCCCUGGCACGGUAUUUAAUUGUGACCUCCUCUCCCCCGACCUGUGUAAGCAUCUCGGUAUCCUUUCGGUUUUUAUAUCUGCACUGCCAAAAGCAGCCCUCAUACAAGCAAAAGGUCUGACAAGGCUCUCUCCACAUCCAUUCCAGUAUGUAAGAGAACAUGAAUAUUUCAGGAAGAGCAAGAACAUGAGUCCAUCAGUGUGAAAUUUCAAAUGUGAUUAUAAAUAUGGUAGAGUCCUAUACGAUGAUCCACUAGAAAUAAACUUCAUGGAAAAUGUUCACUAACCUCCUUUCAAAGAAUAAGGGGUUGCAGCGUAUUACAAAGGACGGCUUGGAUUUUCUACAAAAAAAAAUGUUAGCACAGCCUUCCUGAGUUCACUGUGUAUUCAAACCUCUGACGUGCUUUGUGAUUUCCUUUGGUUUCUUUCUGUCCGAGGUAACCGGGAAUUGCGUUCAAAAUGAGUUCAUUUAUGAUCAGGCUUAAAGUUGCCCCAAGCUGAGGUCAUUUUCCCCCUAGUCAUAAAGCAAAAUGUGUUUUUCUUAAGACUUCAUAGGCACUUCCAAGGUCCGUACUAUCUUUUGAAUGUAAUCGGGAGCUUUGAAUCCUUGAAAAGCAAACCUGUUCUCUUCAUAAAAAAUGCUAACCACCUGUGCCUGUAGAUCGAGAUCACCUGGCUGCAGCACUUUAUUUUUAUGUUUUUCUUCCCCCCAACUCAGAAAAGAACCGUUAUGGUUUAGAGAGGAAAUGCAGAAUGGCAAAAUCCACCAGAGAAAUCGCACUUAAGCGAAACAGGCCAGGGCCUGCAUGUGUCCAGAUAAAUCAUUUAGUAUUGUGUACAUAAAGCUGUAGCCUUUACCUCGCAGGGAUGGUAUGGGAUUUUGGCCGAGCAAAGUAGGACAGUGAAGGGGUGGGAAGGCAGUGCUAAUUUUCCUAUCAGCUGAAGGGAUCUAUCUCAGCAAGAUUCUUUUAUUCCGAUAACGGAAUUCUGUACAUGCUGAACACAUUGGAGAAACCAUUAAAAAGGAGGAAACAAACAACCAACCUCUUUCUUGUUCUGAAACACGAAUGGCGGGGAAGUAUUACACCAGCCUCUCGGGUAGCUGCUUUUGGAACUGUUGAUCUUAGCCAAAGUGUAUAAGCAGCUCUCUACCUACACCUCAUGCCUCUUCCCCAGGCCACCCAGCAAGCCAGGUCGAUCUGAUCAUCUACACCAGCGCGCUGACUCCUAAAUAUUUCAGUAAAACCCUGUGAUCGUGUUGAAGUAGAUGAAAUGGGGAGGGAAUGCACUGCUCACCCCUUAAUGGCUUUUUUCUUGCUAGUUCUAUCUCUUUGUCGGCUCUUGCCUGAGAUUUUGCCCCAAUUCAGCCUCGAGAGUGAGAGGAUCGGAACAGGUAACCCUUGGCCUGAUAGCCCCAUCCAACCCACCUUGAGAAGGGACCCGGACAGUGGGUGCUUUGCAAGAAGCUGCUCUGAGGUCCCCCGAAGCCCUGCAUGGCCCUCCCGGGUGCUGGAGGAGAAAUGCACAGGAGCCCCAGGGGAGACGCGGUUUUCUCCCCACUUCGCUGUUCCACCAGGGAAGGGGGAAAGCCCACCGAGGCGAAGCAGGUCCUAGAUCUGUGAAAGGUUCUAGGAACUUAACCCGUAGACUUCGAUGGAGGACUGUAUUUCUACGGUUGGGCACCUGUGCUAAAAACGAUGUUCAGAAGGAAGGUGGGAUGGUGGGGGGCGGGGGGGGUGAAGGCGAGGACACGGAGAAAGACGAGGAGGAGGAAGCCCUUGCCAUCUAAAAUUCAUGCAGACUAAACAGUUUCCCCAACCGAAUAAAUACAGCGGAUGCUACCCUGCUCCGGAAUCAAAAGCAAUUUAAUUAAAGUCUCUUAAGUUGUAAAGAGUUUUAAAUGUUCCGUGUUGAAGGCGAAUGCCUGCAGAUGCACUGGGCUUGACGUCAGCUGCCAGGCCUGGGCUGGGAGGCCAUUUGCUAUUCUGUUUAAGGCAGGCUGGAUUGUCUUAUUUUGGAACCAGCUUGGUGGGGGGUUUGCUUUGCUACUGCUUCUGAGCCCUGAGCUUCAAAGGCUGAAAUUAAUGGUGAACAAAAUUGUGCGGCUCUGGCCGUCCCAUGCGGGGCAAGCCCAUUGAGGGUUAUCAUUAAGUAAGGAAAUAAAGAGGGGGAAAAAAGCCUGCCUGUUCCAAAAACCUCAUCAGAUAAUGACCUCAGUGAUUGGAUUUUCAUUACCAAACAGCAUCCAGAGAUUAUCCACCCCGUAGAAGAAGGGAAGGGGGUGGAAAGAAAGAAAGGAAAGCAACUGUCUUUCUCUCCCUCUCUCCUCUUUUUUUUUUUUUUUUUUUUUGCACAUCUUUUCUUUAAAACUGUCAGAUCAUUUCAGUAUUUCAAAUCCGAGGAAAACAGCCUGCCUGCUGCUGUAUUUGAAGUUGUAAUGGUGUCAAAAAGUCACGACUGACUGACAGCCGUCAGUCCCAGAGGGGCUCAUUAAAUCAUAAAAACUUGACAAGGAAAUAAUUGCGCAUCGCCAGCAACUUGGCGCCUGUUUAGACGGUUUUAUUUUCUUUCCUUAUUAGUCCCCGCCAUUACGUUCAUUAACAAAUUGCAUUAAACAACUGUUAAGGGCUAAUGACUUGUUUAUUGCUUUUUAUUAUUAUUAUUAUUUAAACAUUAGCUGUGUCAGGUGGUACCCGAGCAGCCUCUUGCCAUCAUCUGACUGAAUAUUUUUCCACUCCCGAGCUCUGGGUACUGUUGGAAUAUGAAAUAGAUUAUUCAUUACUCUCCUCUUUGCCACUGAUUUGAUUUCAUGUAGCGUCUUCCACAGAGAAAGAUGAAAACUUGUCAAAAAUAGGUUAUAUCUUAUUCGACGGGGCAACACUGGCACCAGGUACAGGCACACUUUAAUAUUUAAUUAAGGUUGAUGUUAACCCCUUUAAAUGACUUUAGCUGGAAGUUCUAUUCAAAUGCAGAAGAGAAAAAUAAUUGUUCUUAAUUUGCAACCUGUUCAGCAGGCAUUCUUCAUGGAGUUAGCUGGAAAUUUAGAGCCGAAUUUUUAAAUAAUGAAAUUUCCCAUCAUAAAUAUUUAUAGCCGUUUGUCUACGUAGUUGAGAAUUAACUACAAGCAGUGAUUUCCUUGUCUCUUUGGUUUGAACUGCUAGCCUAGUGGGGCACUCGGUGCUUGGGAGUGGAGGUGGCUUUCCUGGGAGAAUUGCAAAUCCAGAGCCAAGGACGGUUGGUUGGUUGUGGCUGGGGCUGGUUUCAAAGGAACCUCUGUGAGUCCCCUGUCUCUGGUCCACUUGUCUCCUCCAGUAGCUGAGUGUGUGGUUGGAGGACUGUGGUCUGGAGAGUGAGUAGGGAUUUCUUAAAGGAACACUUGUGCAUCCAGUCGGCUGGUGUGCAGAGUGUGCGAUGGGGCGUCUCUGUGUAGUCAGUGAGCUCAUUGCAAACAGUGCUUCCCUAAGAGACAAUAGGAGCGAUGCUUUGCUGGGAUUGACCUUCUAUCUUUUUUCCUUUCUGUGACUUGCCGUUGGUGAAAUCAUCAGCUUUUCCAUGGGCUCUGAGCUUUAAGGGGAAAAGCUCCAUCAUCAUCGUCGUCGUCAUCGUCAUUCGGGGUCUGAGGUCAGUGGCAUUCUCCAUGCCCGAACGGCUGGCUGCAUCUGGUCUCCUUGUUUGAUCCGAUGAGUUUCACAGAGCCCAUGGAAGCUACUCUCAGAGGCCUGGUCCACUGGUACUGCAGGGCUGGGGUGUUCCGGUCAAUAACAGGGAACGAGGAGUACCCCUCGCCAACCUGCUUUACUCCCACCCACCCGUCCCCAGAAAGACAGACCCCUCGGGCAGCCACCCGAUGGAUGUGAAGGGGAGAGAUGGCGCAUGUCCCUUGCUCAGCCACCAUCUCUCAGCAUCACCCCCUGCCCCCAAGGACAGAUGGUCCCAGCAGGAGCUGUGGCAUAGGAGGGGCGGGUCCAGCAGGUGGGAGCCAAGCGAGGCCUGCCCUAAGCUUCAGAGAUCACCAAGGGCAUAGAAAUGGUCCACGCACCGGGGUCUAAGGGGUCUCAGGUCUCCAUCUCAGUCUGUUCCAAAUUAGCCACGUGACAACUUACCGCCUUUAGAACGGACUCCACACCUCAGCGAAAGAUAGGCUCAGAGUCAUUUUUCCAAAAGGAAGGAAGGCUUUGUGGUAAACCAUCCCCAGUCUGACUCCCAGAGACACUGGUUGCCUGAGAUGAGCCACCCACCCUCAAACUUGACCUCAUCCUAUGCUAUAAUUCACUAACCUUAAGCCAAAUCCAGGAAACACUCUUGUUUAGAUGGCUUUGCCUGCAGCUCAUUGGGCUCAAACCAGUAGUGUCUGCCAGGGGCCAUCCACAUCUUGUGACUUGUGGUCACAAGUCUAAGGUGGCCCUUAGACACGAUGUUAGCCCUUUAAAAAUGGGGCAGAGGACUGUGUGGCCAGCUCAGAGAAGUUCUUAAAGCCACAGGAUGCUCCCCAAGAAAGGAGACCUUGCAGGGUAGCCAAGAGCUGCCAGGUGCAGGCAGGAGAAUAGUGUAUGUGAUCGGAGCCAAGGCCGGAUGUAGGGUCCUCUUCUGUUGUAGAGGAGCGAAGACCCAGGGAAUGCUAAGAGAGACUGCCCGUGUCCAUUAGGAUUCUAGGUCAGUAAUGAGGUGAAUGUUCCAAAGCCCGCUUACCAGAGGCAAGUUGGGCAAAAACAAGAUGGUGGUGCAACCCCCAAGUGACAGGACAAGUGGGUUGGGAAUGUGUGAGGAGGCGGGGAAUAGGUGGUGUAUAGGUUAGGGCUGGAUUCCCAGAACAAGGCGACAGGAAGUGACAAGUGGGGUUCAUCCCAGGAGAUAGGUAAGAGAGCAGGGCACUGGCGUUAGGCCCCACUUGGUGCCACCCUGGGCCCAUUAUUGGCCUCCUUCAGGAGGCGUCAAAGGUGGGGAGAGACAGGGUGCCUGUCUCCCGGGACCCCCGGCCCAAAUCCCACACAGCCUCUGUUGUCAUGCCUCAAGGAGCUCCCAGCAUGCUGUGGGAGAAGCACUUCCUCAUCCUGAAUCACCUCAUUACUCGUGCUACAUAAAUAACGAAGGCAUCACAGAGAGAGGGGGAAAUGCCAAGCAGCAGAGCUCUAGACUGUGAUUCUGUGAACUCGUGCACCCCCUCCUUCCCUUCAUCCAAACAAGGCCCUUUGGCGUGAAUAAUAGCUCAGCGGCCCCGAAGCCCGUAUUGAUCCACCGCGCACACGGCUCCACUGAGAGCUGCCUGGACUUUUCCUGGGGGCAGGACAGCACCGUUCAGCGCAGCCCCCUCCUUCCCCCACCCCUCAGCUUCCCCAGGUGUGCUCAGGAGGGGACAGUACUGGGGGGGGGGGGCGGGCAAGGCCCUUCUCCAGCUCAGUGCUGCUUUGUUGCCUCAACUUUUUUGUUUUUAACUUCUUUUGCCAAGAAAAGUACCUGAGUUGGAUAGAAAUGUCUUUUGCAUGAUGAGGCCCCACAGAAUGAAAUACAUCCUCAGGCUCCGGCUUCUCUCCAGAAGGUUCUGCCAAAGACCCAGGCCACAGAGGCACCCUCCGCUGACACUCAUGGAGGCCCCCGCGUGCCCGGCACUGGGCUAAGCACCUCGGCAAUGCUGUACUGCGUGUGCCUGUUAAUUUUCCAUCUUAACACCGUCAGAGAGAGAGGAGCCGAGAAUGUGGCCAAAUCCGUCAUGUUUUUGGGGAAUGGGGUUGUUGUUAAAUUCAGUAGAGAAGCCUCAGCCAUAGGAUGCUAAAUGCACAGGGCCUGAAGCCCGCCAGCCCCACACCCUGAGGCUCCAAACACACUAUCCCCUUCCAUGGUCCCAUGUCUUUUGGACACAGGAGGUGACCCAGGCCUUGGUCCUCUGAGGCACGUGCAAUUGUAAGACGAGCCAGGUCUCUGCACAGGAACACCGGUAAGCUGGCGAAUCCCACCAGCUGAAAUCCCACCUCUAAAGGUCCAGUCCUUUGGUGGGUGACCUUGAGCCCUGGCAAAAUGCAGAUUCUUCUUCCCCUGGUCAGCUUCAGUCCCAUCGACAACUGAUCCCUCCGGGUGAACUGUCUACCCCUUUCCUGAGGGCAGAUUUAGGGGAGGCAAGACCCACCAUGGCAAGGAGCAGUCAGUGGUCUUUGGGAGAAGGGGCCAGAAGGGAAGGAGACCUUGGUUGCCUGGGACCAGCUCCCUGGUGGUUUCUCCUGGAAUCAGCUGCCCUUUUGGGUAAGGAAUGGGUUACCGGGGGGCACAGCCUUGCCGGGGAAGCCCACACACACCCUGGCCCCUGGGCCCAGGACCACUCAGGUCAGAGAACACAUGGGCUCGGCCAAGGCAAGAUAACUGGGUGAGGUUCCCCUGGUACGUCCCACAGCAGUGGCCUUGCUGAGGAGGAGGAGGAGGAGGAGAGAAGGCAGGAAGGUGGGGGGUGAGGGGGACUAGCUAGGAGAGUAGACAGUGCGUUCCAGCCAUUGGCUCUGCUUGGGGAGCUCCUGCUCCAGCCCGCUCCCCUCCCGACCAUGCUGAGGUGGGGAGGCCAAGGCAUUUGGGGAAGAGACCAAACCUGAUGACUUAUGCCCCGGGGCAGCCCCUCCUCACACUGCCCCAUCCAGGGCUUUCAGCACAGCAGGGACCUCGUGGCACUCAGAGACUGUCUCUGCUUGAUUCCUGUCUCCUCCUCCUCCAGGCACCCCGCCCCCCAUCCCCCCACCAAGAAACUCCAGAGUGAGGAGAGCUAGGGGCUUCAUGGGCUCAUCGUCGUCCCGGAGAGGACUUCUAAACAACCACGCCUUUCCCUGUCUGAAGCAUGAGAGGAAUAAUCGGAUUUUAUUCAUCUAGUCAAAAAACACUUAUUGGCUCUCCACCAUCUCCAGGCCCCAAAGACACGUGGUGAAGAAGCGAGGUGCGAAAGCAAGCACGACAGCCCCACAGCCCUGGGGCUGCAGGUGGGACAGCUGUUUUC